UCACACACCCAAUGGCCUGAGCUGUAGUGGUCUGUCAGCGGUGCGGUGGUGGACACACACUGCACAGGACAGCACAGCGCUACAUGGGGGACUCAGGCGACAGCGGCUGGUACCACCGCGACACCCCGGAGAGAUCAAUCCGCAUUUUGGAGACAUCUCUAGGGCGCUACGACGCUCCGCUAUCGGGAACUGACUUAAUGAAAUAAACAAGCCGAGCAUGAACACAUCGAUUUUGAGUGUCUCCUUCUCUGAGCAAUGGACUGACCAAUUCCCUCUCUGGAUGAUUUGAUGGGGCUGCUCAGAGUCAUGAUGCCGCCCAAGUUGCAGCUCCUUGCGCUGCUGGCGUUCGCAGUGGCCAUGUUCUUCCUGGAAAACCAGAUCCAGAAGCUGGAGGAGUCCCGCGGGAAGCUCGAACGAGCCAUUGCCAGACAUGAGGUGCGUGAGAUCGAGCAGCGGCACACGCAGGACGGCGUGCGGGAGCGGGACUCUGCGGCCUCGUCUCCGUCCGAGAGCGAAGACGACCUCGUCAUCAUCUACAACCGUGUGCCCAAGACGGCCAGCACCUCUUUCACCAACAUCGCCUACGACCUGUGCGGGAAGAACCACUACCACGUCCUGCACAUCAACACCACCAAGAACAACCCGGUCAUGUCCAUACAGGACCAGGUGCGAUUUGUAAAGAAUGUGACUGAGUGGAGGGAAAUGAAGCCAGCUAUCUACCACGGACACGUCUCCUUCCUGGACUUCACCAAGUUCGGAGUGAAGAGGAAGCCCAUCUACAUAAACGUGAUCCGGGACCCCAUAGAGAGGCUUGUGUCUUAUUAUUACUUCCUGCGCUUCGGGGAUGACUACAGGCCCGGAUUGAGGCGCAGGAAACAAGGAGACAAGAAGACAUUUGAUGAAUGUGUAUCAGCCGGCGGCUCAGACUGUGCCCCUGAGAAGCUCUGGCUGCAGAUUCCCUUUUUCUGUGGUCACUACUCUGAAUGCUGGAACGUGGGCAGCCAGUGGGCUCUGGAGCAGGCCAAGUACAACCUGGUGAAUGAGUACCUGCUGGUGGGAGUCACAGAGGAGCUGGAGGACUUUGUGAUGAUGCUGGAGGCCGCGCUGCCACGCUUCUUCAAAGGAGCCACGGAGCUCUACAAAACAGGGAAGAAAUCCCACCUGAGGAAGACGAGCGAGAAGAAGCCACCCACGAAGGAGUCCAUCGCCAAGCUGCAGCAGUCGGCCAUCUGGAAGAUGGAGAACGAGUUCUACGAAUUUGCCCUGGAGCAGUUCCAGUUCGUCCGGGCACAUGCUGUCAGGGAAAAGGACGGGGAGCUCUACCUGCUGGCACAGAACUUCUUCUACGAGAAGAUCUACCCCAAAAACUGAGGAGUAGACGGAUACAUGGCAGGUGUGCAGCCUCAGAUGAAUAAGGACACAUAAAGACUACGUGUGACUGUUUUGUAGAACAUUCUAUCGACAGUUCCGACACGUCUGCGCCAGCCAACUGGACUCGUGUUUCAUCAGCAGGUUUUUUUUUUCCCAGCAGCCUCCACUCCCCCUCAUGUCAUAGGUGGUAUGACGCGUACAGAGACGGCCUGUCCAGCUCCGAAACAGUUUCAUGGGCUCCGUACUGUUUGGUUGUGUUUGGUUGUGUUUUAACUCUUUGCUCUGGUUGUUUUUUGUAUGUAAAGACGGUGACAGUCUCCAUGCCUCGCCACUACUACUAACUGAAAGAGAUUUUAAGUGUACGACUACUGUGCUGUAUUAUUGGACUUGAAUGAGAACGUUUGAGGUUUUUAUGAAAUAAAAAUCCUGUGACCAUGGA